CCCUCAUGGGCUCUUCUGGCCCCUGAAACUCCUUCCUGGAGAGCUGGAGUUGCCUGGGAAGGUGUUCUCCACUACUGGACCCUUACAGGAAGUCACAUAUGCCCAGCUGGGACAUAGCUCCAGCUGAUGCCCCGGAGAGGCCAUCCAUCUCAGGAGAGGCUUUGGGCCUUGCCCCCCACCCCCAUGGCACAUGGGCCAGAACCUGAAGCUGAGGGACUGUUGGACCUCAGCUUCCUGACAGAGGAGGAGCAGGAGGCCAUCACCGACGUCCUCAAACGAGAUGCCCGUCUGCGCCAGCUGGAAGAGGGACGGGUCAGCAAGCUCAGGGCUUCACUGGCAGACCCUGGGCAGCUGAAGAUCCUGACUGGGGACUGGUUCCAGGAAGCACGCUCCCAGCGGCAUCACCACACCCAUUUUGGUUCCGACCUUGUCAGAGCCUCUAUCCGCAGGAAGAAGAGCUCCAGGGGAGACCAGGCUCUGGGAAGUGACGGUGAGGCAGAGGCUUUUGAGAAAGACACUGAAGAGCCAGAGGCCAGGAUCCCCACAGAGGUGACUGCUCAGAAGAGGCACAGUGUGAGCCAAGGACCUGAUUUCCCUUCACCAUAUGCACCCUCAAAGACUUCAGAUCAUGAGAAGCCCCAGGGCCAGGAAGCCCCUGGCCCAGGGCGCGUGCAGGUGGCGGAGGCGGACCCAGAGCUGGACCCUGUCCAGCGGGCGGAGCCGGAGCCACAGCCCCCGCCAGCCCAGAUCGAGGUGACCUCCGAGAUCCUGGAGAACGGGGAGGAGACCCCGGGGCUCGACCCCUCCCUCGACCGCAUGCUCAGCACCAGCUCCUCCGUGUCCAGCCUCAACUCCUCCACGCUGAGCGGCAGCCUGAUGAGCCUGUCCGGGGAGGUGGAGGCAGGCGGGGUGCUGGUGCGGGGCGCCGUGCACUUCGCGCUGAGCUACGAGCCGGGCGCUGCGGAGCUGCGUGUGCACGUUAUCCAGUGCCAGGGCCUGGCCGCAGCCCGGCGUCGCCGCUCGGAUCCCUACGUGAAAAGCUACCUCCUUCCGGAUAAGCAGAACAAACGCAAGACAUCGGUGAAGAAACGGAAUCUGAAUCCGAUCUUCAACGAGACUCUCCGGCACUCCAUCCCGAAGGCCGAGCUCCCCGGCCGCGUGCUGAGCCUGUCCGUGUGGCACCGCGAAAGUCUGGGUCGCAACAUCUUUCUGGGUGAAGUUGAAGUGCCCCUGGACACGUGGAACUGGGACUCCGAGGCUACCUGGCUUCCCCUGCAACCCCGGGUUCCCCCUUCUCUGGAUGAGCUUCCCAGCCGUGGACUGCUCUCUCUAUCCCUCAAGUAUGUCCCUGCCGGAUCAGAGGGAGGGGGACAGCCUGUGAGUGGAGAGCUGCACUUCUGGGUGAAGGAAGCUCAGGACCUUGUGCCACUACGCUCUGGAUCCCUGGACACUUACAUACAAUGCUCGGUGCUGCCUGAUGACAGCAGAGCCAGCCGGCAACGUACAAGAGUGGUUCGACGUAGCCUCAGCCCUGUGUUCAAUCAUACUAUGGUUUAUGAUGGCUUUGGGCCUGCUGACCUGCGCCAGGCCUGUGCUGAGCUCUCCCUGUGGGACCAUGGAGCCCUGGCCAAUCGCCAGCUGGGGGGCACACGCCUCAGCCUGGGUACAGGCAGCAGCUAUGGGCUCCAGGUACCCUGGAUGGAUUCCACACCCGAAGAGAAGCAGCUGUGGCAGACACUCCUGGAGAGGCCAUGUGAGUGGGUGGAUGGCCUUCUACCCCUCAGAACAAACCUGGUCCCCAGAGCGUAGCCCUACCAAACCCCUCCUUGGACCACUCCCAGAGCACACCCAUGGCUGAAAUCAAUAAAGUCUAUUCAAAGGCA